AUGGGUGAUGGGGUCUGGUCCUUGGCCACUGCUGUGUCAGCGAAGCGAUCGAUCGCUGCUCUGGAGGGUAGACCGGAAGCCUUGGACGUUCAGAACAAUGCUGAGCGAGACUUGCGGCGUCUUUGGGGGAAGUAUGGAUUUACACUCCCCAUUCCUGUGCAGGACAUGGUUCACGAAUGCGCGGAGGAUGGACAAACAAUCCCCACUUGCUACCUCCAACCACAGGAUUGGGUAAAACAUUGGAUGGACACCUACCCAAAGCUGCUUUGUGGGGAAGGGGAUCCUUCCUCAAACCUGAGAAUCUUCUGGAAAGUUUUUCAGCAGAACCAUCCCACGCAUGAAGUGUUUCGGUUUCAUUCUGGCCACUUGGACCAAGUGGUGCCUUUACUAUGCCACGGAGACGAAGGACGAGCAGUCAAAAAAACAAACUAUUAUGUGCUUUCAGUGGAGUCGCCUUUGGGAUCAACACAAGAUGCUGGUCUAUAUUGUUCUUGCUGUGAUGACUUGUCCUUCCGGGCCAACAUUCCGCCCUAUGGCAACGAUUCAGGAACACUAACCGCAGAAGAGCUGGCCAUUGCUGAGAAACAAAUCACAAACUUCAAGGGUCAUUCCUACUUGUCAAAGUAUCUUAUCUUCGGAAUUGGAGGAUGGCUCUACAAGAAGCGUCCCUCCCUCAUCCGGCGUUUGUUGGAGAAAUUUUCAGAGAACAUGAACACUCUCUUUCAUCAAGGUGUGCAAUUGAAGUCCGGCAAGCAAGUGUAUGCGGCAUUGAUAGGAUUGAAAGGGGACCAAGACUUUCAAGAACGUGCAAUGCAUUUACGGCGUAGCUUCAGGCACCUGGGGACUGUCAAUCAUAUUGGGUUUUGUCCAUUGUGUCUUGCAGGGUCCAGUGCUGACUUACCAUUCGAGGAUUUCACUGAGCAACCGGCAUGGUUAGCAACGCUCCAUGGAGACAGGCCUUGGGAUGCACUGGAUGAGCCCGCGUUGUCUACUGUCCCCUAUGACAUUGGGAGUCCGGAACAACUUAUUGCUCCUGACCUUUUUCACAGUCUCAAAACAGGCAUCGGCAGAGAUAUUGUCGGAGGCAUUGUGAUUGUCUUGGUCCGGUUGGGAUUCAUGGACUAUGAAGGCUCAACAAGAAAUAUUGAUGACCGCUUGACUCGUGCACAUGGGCGCUUCAAACUGUGGUGCCUCUCCAACAAGAAAAGUGCAGGCCUGCGUUCUUUUUCAACCAGCUACUUUAACAUCAAAGACCGCACUUCAGCACCCUGGACCAACUCUAAAGGAUCUGACACAACGCUGCUCCUUCAGUGGUGUCUUUUUGAACUGACGUUACAACUUCGUACUCCUACUGUCAUUGGGUAUGACGAGAUCCUCAGAGUCGGUGUUCAGCUUUGUCAAGCUGCCUUGGGCCUCCGGCUCUUGAACCAUCAUGGCCUUUGGCUUCCUCGGUCUUGCGCUAGGCUGUUUUACGUGCACUGUAUGACGCUUUUGCGAUCCUACUCUUGGCUGGGUAAAGAAGUCUUGCGUCUGAGCAUACGUGCAUUUAUGUUGAAACCAAAGUGCCACGCCAUUCACCACUUGGCGUGGACUGUGCGGAGAGCAUUGGAGAGGGGGGCUACUUUGAUUGCGAGUCCUCAAAUGACAGCCUGCGACACUAACGAGGACUUUAUAGGAAGGAUAUCGCGGCUGAGUAGAAGAGUGGGCUUCCGGCACUGUGAUAAACAUGUGUGUGAGAGGUACUUCUUAAAGGUUGCAGCCCUUGUGAAGAGGAAGUGGCGCCAAAAGGUUAAACAACCUACAAAGCGGAGGCGUACAAGUCUUUGA